GCAGCGUUUCUCCGGCACCGUACUAACUGAAGCCCUCUCCCGCUGCCUGCGUGUCCUCCACGUCCCCUCCCAGGCAUCACGGUGUGAACAGGUAUGCAACAUGAGGGCUAUCUGAGCACCAACUGCAGCCCAGCCGCAACUGAUGAAGACGCAGCGCUGAAGAGGAAAAGAGGAAAAAAUAAUCGGUGCAGCGGGAUUUGGUGAGUGUUUCAUGUCUGGGGAGAGAAAUAGACGCGUGUCUUUGCACGACGGGUACAUGUGCUAAGUAACGGAGGAGCUGGACGUAAACAUGCAAUAAGUGGCAGUGGCAACCAGGUAGUCUACUAGGAAAGAGCGCUCCCUCCGGACCUCCUCACUGAACUUUACCCGCUGAGCUUUGACGCGAUGGCUGCUGCUGCUGCUGCUUCUCUGGGGGAAGUUGGAGGCGUCUUGCACGGCAUCGAUGGUGUCGCACAGGUCGGGUCCCAUUUCCUCCUGACCCCUCUCGGGGACAGUCCGACGCUUUUGGGGGAGCACCUCAUAACUGGGGACAGGCUGUCGCGGAGCACCACGGCGGAUUUAACGCACCUGAAAGGGAUUCUCAGGAGGAGACAGUUAUACUGCAGAACUGGUUUUCAUCUGGAAAUACUUCCGGAUGGCACGGUGCAAGGGACGAGGAAGGACCACAGUCGAUUUGGUAUUUUGGAAUUCAUAAGCCUUGCUGUUGGGUUGAUAAGCAUUAGAGGGGUGGACAGCGGACUCUACCUGGGGAUGAACGACAAAGGAGAGCUGUAUGGCUCUGAGAAGCUCUCAGCUGAAUGUGUCUUCAGGGAGCAGUUUGAGGAGAACUGGUACAACACAUACUCGUCCAACCUCUACAAACACGGAGACAAAGGGACGCGUUAUUUUGUGGCAUUAAACAAAGACGGGACACCAAGGGAUGGGACUAAAUCCAGGCGGCACCAGAAAUUUACACACUUCUUGCCCAGGCCUGUGGACCCUGACCGUGUGCCAGAGCUGUACAGGGAUAUCCUGGGACACAGCUGAGACCUGGAGGCCCGGUCCAGUUCAGGAAUAGCUGCUUAAGCCCUGGCAGCCAGGGAG